AUGACUGCCCCCUCCAAGCCUCCUCGCAUUCAGGUCAACGACCUCUCGUACACAUUCCCCGACUACUCAACCGGUAUCAAGAACAUCACCCUCGAUCUGCCUCCGCGCUCACGCACUCUUCUGAUUGGUGCCAACGGCGCUGGAAAGACGACCCUCCUUCGCCUGCUCGCCGGCAAGCGUCUCUCACCCAGCAACACCAUCUCCAUCUGCGGAGUUGACCCCUUCAAGGAGAGUCUCGAGGGUGUCACCUAUCUCGGCCUCGAAUGGGUCCUCAACCCCAUUGUUCGCAACGAUAUUGGUGUCAAUGAGCUUCUCCGCUCUGUCGGUGGCGAUGCUUACCCCGAGCGUCGAGAUGAGCUCGUAGCCAUGCUCGAUGUUGACACUAACUGGCGCAUGCACGCCGUUUCUGACGGUGAGCGUCGUCGCGUUCAGCUUGCCAUGGGUCUCGUGCGACCCUGGACUAUCCUCUUGCUCGACGAGAUCACCGUCGAUCUUGACGUCCUCAGCCGCGCCGAGUUCCUCGGCUGGCUCAAGCGUGAGACCGAGAUCCGAGAGUGCACCAUCGUCUACGCUACUCACAUUCUCGACAACCUCGCCGGCUGGCCCAGCCACCUCGUCCACAUGCACCUUGGCACAGUCAAGGAAUGGGAUGAGGCUGACAAGAUGCUUUCCACCAUUGACGGUACUGUGGGCGCUUCCGGCAACAGCCGCCUGGGUGAGCUUGUCCUGAGCUGGCUGCGAGAUGAUCGAACGGAGCGAGGACCCCGCAGCCAUGCGAAGCGCGCACCUGAGGGCAAGACGUACGGCUUCGGCGGUAUCCAGAUCGGCGGCUACGGUGACGAGUCCAAGCAGCGCGAGGUCUAG